AAAAUGGCGGUUUCACUGUUCGUCGCGCUUUCUUUUUUUUUCUAGCUAGGAGACACGCGUUUUUUUUUUACUACUUGGAAGUCGUAAUAGUAAGUUCAUAAUAGAAAAUGCCACCUGUUGCUAUUGAGGUAGAUGACAAUAGUGGGAAGACAGAAGUGGAAAAAGAUGGAAAAAUCUAUGAACGCUCAUCCGAAGAUGGCGAGUUAUAUUCAAAACCAACUAUUGGUAUUAUUUAUCCACCCCCUGAAGUAAGAAAUAUUGUUGAUAGAACAGCUUUGUUCGUUGCCAGAAAUGGUCCGGAAUUUGAGGACAGAAUUCGUGCUAAUGAAGCCGAUAACGUCAAAUUUAAUUUCUUGAAUCCCAACGAUCCAUACCAUGCAUAUUAUGAGUACAAAUUAAAGGAUUUCAGAGAAAAUGAUCAGGAGGAACCAGCUCCACAAGAAAAGGAAGCUGUCAAACCAGCACAACAGCAAACAAAAUUGAAGCAAUCUGCUCAAAUUGUUGAAACAAUAAUACCUAAAGAUCCUCCUCCUGUGUAUGAAUACAUGGCAGACCCACCUACUAUCUCUGCCAUUGACUUAGACAUCGUAAAACUUACAGCUCAGUUUGUAGCAAAAAACGGUAAAGAUUUUCUUACAAGUUUAAUGACACGAGAACAGAGAAACUACCAGUUCGAUUUUCUUCGCCCACAACACAGCUUAUUUCAAUAUUUCACUCGAUUAGUGGAACAGUACACAAAAAUCUUACUACCACCAGAUGAUAUUACAAAGAAAUUAAGCAAAGAUUUUUCGGAACCAUGGAAGGUAUUGGAUUGUGUUAAGUAUCGAGUUGAGUGGCAAAGAUUUCAAGAUAGAGAGAAAAGAAAAGUUGAGGAUGAAAAAGAAAGGGAAAGAAUUGCAUUUGCACAGAUUGAUUGGCAUGAUUUUGUUGUUGUGGAAACUGUUAAUUUUCGAGAGAAUGAAACAGCUAACUUACCUACUCCAGUUACAAAAGACCAACUUGGUGCACGUUUAUUAGCUCAAGAACGCUUCGAGAAGAUGAAGAAAAGUGGCGAAGUCAAUGCUGAAGAGAUUGAAAUGGACGUGGAGGAGGAGGAAGAGGGCGAAGAAGAGUUGUAUCAACCUUUCCAACAAGAGGAUAACGAGGAGAAAGGUGAUGAAGAGAAGGUUGGCUCUGAUAUGGAAGAAGAAAGUGACGAUGAAGAGGGAGGUGCAAAACCGCCAGAAAUGCCUCCCCCAGUUAUGCCUCCCAUGCCCGGUCUUAACGCACCUAUUCGUAAAAAUUACGAUCCGAAAGCAUCCAAGCAGAGUACAAGCAGUUCAUUGUCCGACAAGUAUUUGAUAUCUCCUCUUACAGGAGAGAAAGUUCCUGUUGAAUCCAUGGCCAACCACAUGAAGGUUAACCUGCUUGACCCUAGAUGGAAAGUACAACAAGAGAAAUUAAUUGAAGAGAAAAGACAGCAAGAUGAUGUGCUUGCACAAGGUGUUCACAUUGGUGAUUCGCUGAAACAACUUGCCGAACGACGUUCAGAUAUCUUUGGUGUUGGUAUCGAAGAAACGUUUAUUGGUAAAAAACUGGGAGAGGAAGAAGCGUCUAAGAAACCUACUAAAGAAAUAUGGGAUGGACACACGGCUAGUAUGGAGCGUGCUACGAAGUUAGCUCAUUCAAAUAUCACGUUUGAAGACCAAAUCAAAGCUAUCCACAAAUCUAAAGGCUUACUACCGUCAGAAGAAGCAGAAAAAAUUGGUCCUGCUGUUCCCUUUUCUCGUCCUACAGAGUCGGCACCGCCUGUUGUAUCAACUCCUACUGAACCUAUUAUAAUAGAGACUUCUAGCGCAGAGUUAUCGAAGCCGCCGCAACCUCCAACCACCCUCACUGGAUCCAGUAUAGACAAGCCUGUGGAGGGACCCCCUCCUCUUCUCCCACGAAAUAUGCCAGUGAGCUCUGCACCUGUGUCUGCUCCGCCUCACCAUAAUAUGCAAAUGGGUAUGCCUCCCAAUAUGCCGCCCAACAUGCCGAUGCCACCGCCCAUGUCAAAUCAAACCCAUCCUCCCAAUAUGCCUAUGAUGCGCCCGCCUUCAAUGUUACCGCCAAAUAUGAUGAUGCCUCCACAAAUGCAAAACAUGCCGCCCCAUCAACCUGGAUUUAUGCCGCCCCCGAUGCCCUCAACUGGAAUAGAAGGAAACCAACUUGUUUUACCAUCCCCUGCAGAAGACGAGGAACCGGCAACGAAAAAGGCCAGGGUAGAAACUGAAACUGACCUAGUACCAGAGGAUACAUUUGUUGCACAAAACAGAUUACCGGUUACAUUCCGUGUCCAAGUGCCAGAAUUACCGGAUAAAACAGAAUGGCAGUGCCAGGGACAAGUACUCAAGAUUUGUCUACCUGUGACAGACCAGUGUUCUGUCAUUAAAGCUAAGAUCAACGAGAUGAUAAAUAUGCCAGCUGGAAAACAGAAGUUACAGUUAGGUACGUUGUUCAUCAAAGAUUCGAACACACUCGCUUAUUACAACUUUUCAUCUUCUACGUUGAUUCAACUUCAUGUCAAAGAGAGAGGAGGUCGAAAGAAAUAAGUGAAUUAAACGUAAAUUCGAACAUUUCAACCCUCCCUGGAACCACAUGGUCCUGGAAAUACCUUUUCCUUCAGGAGUAUGCUAUUUGUUGCCAUCACAACAUUCUGCAUCUAAAAAAUCUGUAUUUUAUUUGUGUGGAUAAUAUUAUAAAAGAAUUCUUCUUUUUAUGAAUAACUUGUUUAUUUUAUACGAAAACCAAUUUCCUUGUAAGUAUAAUGUCUUGGUAUUCUAGAUGAAAAUAACCAAACCGUUAGGAUUCUAA